AUGUCCGGAUUCCGCUCCGCCGCCUCGUCCUUCUCGAGCCUUCACCGCCCGCAGGGCAUCAGCUCGCCUUGGGACACCCCCGUCGCCACCCCUCACGAGUCGCCCGCAACCACGCCCGGCGGCUCGCCUAUCCUCAGGGACAGCGACGGCAAGCGUUUGCCCAAGCCUGACGACAUCAAGAUGAUUCUCUCGGAUGUCGACGGAACCCUCUUCACCGACGCGCAUGAGCUUCACCCGACUACUCGCGACGCCAUCCGCUACAUCCGCCAGACCCGCCCCGACGUGCCUUUCAUCCCCGUCACGGGCAAGCAGUUGACGUCGUGCGGCGACCUCGUCAAGGAGCUCGGUAUCGAGGACAUGCCCGCGGCGUGCAUGCACGGCGCGAUCAUCUACGACAAGGACCGCAAGAUUGAGCAGUCCAUGUCGCUCGACCCGCACUUUGUCCGCGACGUCGCACGAUUGAUGCGCAAGCAAAACAAGUCGACGUUCCUUUAUGUCGAGGAGUGGAACGCCAUGGUCACCAAGGAGGAGAACGGCUCGAAGGACUGGGAGCAGGUCGCUCGCGGCUUCGACCCGGCCGUCCGCGACGAGCGCGAGACCGACUUCAUGCAGCGCGUGCUCAAGGGCAAGGAGAAGAUCAGUAAGAUCUUCCUUCCCAUGGACGAGUCUGUCGUCCCCGACAUGAUCGACUUGAUCGAGAAGACGUUCCACAAGGUCCCCUUCAAGAUCACCCGCGCCCUCCCCUACAUCAUCGAGAUUGUCGCCGAGGGUGUCGACAAGUCGGCCGCGCUUGCCUUCUUCUGCGCCAAGUUCAACAUCGACCCCAAGAACGUUAUCUCUUUCGGUGACGGCGAGAACGAUGUCGGCAUGUUCGGCGCGUCUGGCUACUCGGUCGCUAUGGCGAACGGCAUGCCCAAGCCCAAGGCUGUCGCGACGUACCAAACCGGCUCGAACAACGAGGGCGGUGUCGGCCAGUUCCUCAACGCCAUCUUCCGCCCUGACCACACUGAGGGUCCCGACGCACGGCUCAACCCCGACCACCUCUCGAUGCUCGACGAGAGGCUCGGCGCAGUCGAGUCGCCCCUCGCCGCUGGCGCCUACCCUUAA